CCCCUGCUGAAGGACCGGACAUGCGGUAGGAGCCGGCGCUUCCCAUCGGAGCCAGCCAGGGACGGGCCAUGCCCCGCGGCGGCUGCUUCCUCCUCGGGCUCUUCCUCAGCCUCAGUGUGAGCGGUGCGGCCGGGCUGGCCAGGGCAGGCCGCAGGGUCUGUGCCAUAGGGCCACGGAGCCGCGCAGUUGCCUCCACCGAGUCCCAUGUGCAGCCUGUGUACCAGCCCUACCUCACCACCUGCCAGGGCCACCUCUGCAGCACAUACAGGACCAUCUAUAGGGUUGCCUACCGGCAGGUGUACAGGCAGCUCCCCCAGCCCGUGGCCUCGUGCUGUCCCGGCUGGAGCAGGGCUGAUGGACACGCACUGAGCUGCAAUAGAGCUCUGUGCUCAGGGCUGUGCCAGCAUGGUGGGACCUGCGCCCUCCCCGACAGAUGCAUCUGCCCCCCCGGCUGGACCGGACGAGCCUGCCAGACAGAUGUGGAUGAAUGCACUGGGCAGAGCCAUGGCUGCAGCCAACUCUGCCUCAACACAGCCGGGAGCUUCCACUGUGCCUGCCGGGAUGGCUUCAUCCUCGCUGCCGACCGCAAGAGCUGCCAGCCCCUGGUGCCAGCGCCGGAGCCGGGAGCCUUCAGCCAUGCAGGUGCACCCAAUGAAGUGAAGGAAGAAGUGAAAGAGCUGAGGAGCAGAGUGGAAGCGCUGGAGCAGAAGCUGCAGCUGAUGCUGGAACCCUUCCACAACCUGAUGCCUUCCGUGCCCGAGGACGUCGGCUCAGACCCCAUCAGCCGCUUGUCCCACUCCCUGCAGCAGCUGGACAGGAUCGAGUCCCUGAGCGAGCAGAUCUCCUUCCUUGAGGAGCGGCUGGAGACGUGUUCCUGCAAGAAUGAACUGUAGUGAGCACCGAGGAACUGGAGUGAGCCACAUCCACAGCUCUUACCUCACUCUCCAGCCCCAGGCUGGGGACGAAGCCACAUCACUGCAGGAAGGCACAGGGUGGCAGAGGGCUGGGUUCCCAUCGGCAGCUCCAUCCUCUCUCCCAGCUCACCUCAGCAGAGGUCAUGCAGUUACUUCCAACCUGAACUCUGCACCCUCAGCAUCUCACCCCUUCCAGUGCAAGAGUGGAAAAUAAACCCCUUCCCUUGUGCCAC